CAUCUCACGUGACCAGUCAUUAAAGUUGCGACUACAUCAAAUAUGUAUGGCCUAUAUACUUUUUAAAAUAGUGAUAGAUUUCGAAUAUUGUGAUUGUUUUGUUUCUAUUUACAAGUAUUGAUUAUAAACUACGAAUAGAGAACAACAAGUGUUAUUAUAUCUUUAUCCAAAAUGAAAUGCCAAUAUUUAUCAAGCUCCAAUAUAAAUUAUAAUAUAUAUGAAACAAUUUCAUUUAGAUGCAAUAAUGAAUAAAAAAUUUCUAAUUGCGAUAUAAAAUAUAUGAAAAUAUUAUUAACAGUAUAAAAGAUAUUGGUCGAUGCGAAAAAAGUUGCAAUUAAUAAUUAAUGACACGUUCAACUGACAACAUGGCGAAUGUAUUAACAGAAGCAGUAUAUUCGAGUAUUUUCAUGUCGUUAUGUGAUGAAUAAGAAAAGUACAAUUCUAUCAAUUACAUUCCGUAAUUUGAUUCUUUAAAGACGAAUAUAAUAUACGAAUUCAAAUAUAAACAUUAUAUCAUAUAUAAUACGUUUUUGCAUAGUUCUAUUAUAUUUAAGAUUCUUUUAAAAUUAUUUAUGAGAGAAAAAUGGGAUUAUUAAAUAAUUGACAUAAAAGAGUAUCAUGAUGUUGUAUAUAAACAAGUUAAGUUUUUUUAUGAAGAUUCAUAUUCAGUAUAGUGAUACAAACUUCGUGAAGUAAAUAAAGAAUAAUGUAAAUUGUUUCUUUCAUCUAUAUUUAAUUAAUUUUGUCAAUGGAAUUAUAAAAAGUGUAGUAAAUAUACAAAGAAUAACAAAGUGUUGUACUGUGGGGUGUAAUGAGCGGAUCUAGUUUUCGAGGACGGGGGAUUGAACCACGGGAUAUUCAUCCAAAUGGCCCAAUUGGUGCUUACCGUGGGACCCGAUUAUCUCACCCACGUUUUAGUCAAUCCCAUUUAUCCCAUAAUAGAUUACCACCACCAGAGAAUUGGUCAGGAAGAUCAAAUCAUGGCUCAACUUUUUUAUCUUGGAGCAAUGGAAAAUUCCAACGUUCUAUUUUUCGUGGUAUAUCCCAUUUUCGUCCUAAUGGUAGAGGAAGGGGUACAAUUCAUAAAGGAAAUCUACGUUUUGACUCUAAUAGAUCAUCCAUUGUGCCAUAUUCCACAGAUUAUAAUAAAAGUGUUGGAAGUCCUAAAACAAUGUUCAUGCAAAAUCAGAAUGAUGAAGAUCAAUCAGAACAUGUUAAAGAUGAGCCAUGUUUACAGCAGACUCCUUUACUUGGAUCUGAGGAAGAACGUCAACAAAAAAUUACUGAGACUGCAGUUCGGUUGAAAGAAAAAUUAUCUACCAUUACCAAGGAAGAUAUUACUAAUUUGUGGCAAGAUGAUCUGUCUACAAUACCAUCGUCUAAUAUAAAAGACAAAAAUAUACUUAAUUUAGGUAUGCUUAAAUUAAGGCAUGAACAACCUGAACUUAAUCUUACUUUUAAUGAUUUUAAAGACAUAGGUAGGAUUGACUCAGACAAUAUAAAGUCUGAUAAAAAUGAUGGUAUUAAUGAAGUUAGAAAUGUAUUUAAUUUUAUACAUGACAAUGUCAAGGAAGUAAAAAAUAGUACUAAAGAUAUUGAUGUAAUAGAUAUUGAAGAAAACAUUCUACAUGAUGUAGAAUCUAUGACAAUUAUUAACAAUAUAAUUCUAACAGAAAAUAAAUCACAAAAAGUUAAUGGUCAAAAAUUGCAAGAAGGGACCAAUUCUCCACAUAGUAUGUCUGUUACUUUGUCAAGUGUUUCAGAAGCAUGUAAUACAGAAUUAACAUACUCUUCACGUGGAAAUACAGGAAAAACAAAUAUGUUACAACCUCAAAAUGUUUUACAAACUGAUAAUACUCAAAUACAAGAUCAUGAAUUAAAUACAAAUUGUGUGAAUACAUCAUUACGGUAUCAGUCUGAAUAUACAAAUUCUGAUAGUAGGUUUAAUAUAGAAAAUUUACAAAAAUCAUCUGAUGAUAUACAAUAUGAGCAGGGAAAUGUAAUUACAGAAAUGCAACAUUCUUUACAUAGAUCUAUAUCAAAAAAAACAAAACAAAAAUCUCAUUGGAUACCAUCACAAUAUCAAAUAAAUUCCCGUAGAAAGCCUUUUAAAUCGAGAUGGUCACACAGAAGACAUAGCUAUAUGUAUAAUAAAUCACGGAAUGAAUCAACAAGAUUUGAUUUACAUACAUCAUCACUGCAUUUGCAGAGAAAUAUGACCUCUUUAAAUCAAGAUUCACAAUAUAAUGCAUUAUCUUCAUUUGAUCUGAACAGAUCUCAAUCACAAUUUCCUACAAUGCCAAAGUUAAUGCAUAAUAAGGAUACUUCACAGACUGCAUCAUGUGUAGAUCACAAUACUUUAUCUUCUAUAUCUGUUAACAUUUCUUCAAGCCAAGAAGAUAUUUUACAAACAGUGCCAGUUUUUGAUUCAUGGAAGUCAUUUGCAAUGAAUUAUAAUACACAUAAAGAAAAAGUAAUGAAUAUACCAAAUUUUAAUCCUCAACAGCCACCACCCAAUUUUAAUAAUCAGAAGGGAACAUUGCCAUUCAAUCAACAUCUUUUGCCACAAAAUCAAUCAAAUUUAACAAUACAUGCAUUUAAUUCUUCGCAAUCAAGCGCAGUUUCAUUAAAUCCUACAGAUUUAUAUAACUCUGCAAAUUUUACUGCACCACCAAGUACUACACUAGUACAAACUACAACUUUUUCUACAUUAUCACAAAUAAAUAUACCAUCAUCUUCAAGUUUUUUAUCAACUGCUCCAAUUAACUUUUCACCAAUAUCAACUCAUACAGCAUCUUUACAAAUGACACCUUAUGUAGUACCAUCAUCUGCAACAAUAAGCAAAGUUAAACAUCAAGAAUUGCUUCAUAACAAAACAUUAAAUCUUGCUCCAAUUUCCAAUCAAGAUAAUACUGUUCAAGAUAAGGAUGAAUUUCAAGAGAUGCAAGAAGCAAUGCAAUUUGCAAAACAAGCUAUGAAUAUAAUAGAUGAUGUAAAUAUUAAUAUUGAAUCUGAGCAAAAUCUACAUACUGGAAUUCACCCACUAAAUACAUCUGUAGAACAAGAAGAUAUUAGUGAUUUAUCAUCAUCCUCUACACAAAUACAUCAAAAUAUUAAUAAGGAAAAAGAACAGCUAGAUCAACAUUGCAAUAAGUUUACUAAAGUAACUUUAAAAGAACAAAUUAUAACUGAAUCUCAUGAGUCACCUAACUUUGAACUUGAAAAACAAUUAGAUCAAAAUUGUGAUGUUGAAGAAAAUGCCCUUGUAAAUAAACAGACUCGACCAAAAGUCAUGUUUCAUUUAAAUCCUAAGUUAAACAAAGUAAAUAAACAAGGAAAAUGGCAUCAGAACAUUGAAGAUGGUGAGGAAGAACGAUAUAUUCCUUGUAUAUCUCCAUCAAACAUGCAUGGAAAAGAAUAUUCCAAUCAAAAGAUUGAAGAAUGUACUAAUCAAAUGAUUAAAAAUAAUCAAGAUAGAACCACAAAAUAUAAUAUAGAAGUAAAAGACAUUGAUACAAUUAAUAGUCUUAUUGAUGAAUCACGAAAAUCUAAUGUAGAGUCUCCAAUUUCUAUGACUUCUGAUAAUUCUACCACACAAAGACCUCAAGAUGUUAUAAAAAGAAGAAAGAAAGUAGAAUCUCCUCCAUCUGAAUCUUCAUGGAAAAAUAGAAUUAUCACUCGUUUCUUAAAGAUGAGUAAAAAUGAUAUUCGUAACAUGAUUAACAAUUCUAGUCUUCGAAAAUUUGAUAUUGCCAUGAAACAUCUUGUUAAAGAAAAAAGGUCGUCAUUAUCGUUAGAGAUGCGAAAUACUGAAGAUGAAAAAAUAAAAGGUUAUGAUAGAGAAGAAUUCAUGAAUCAGUUAAAUGCAAUGUUAGAUCCAACAGCUAUCGUUGAUAUCACCAAUUUACCUACAGAUUUUAUUCAUCAUUUAAGUGAAGUAUUACAACUUGAUGCCAUACCAUUAGAAUCAAAUGAAAAUAUUUUUAGUCACACUAAUGAUGAAGGUCAGAACAGUAAUUCUAAUGAAGAAGAAAUAUUAAAUAAUAAUAUCAUUCCAGAAAAUAUUAAUUUUGAACAGAUAAAUAACAAGACAGACACAGAAUAUAAUAAUCAAUCAAAAGAUGAAGAUGGUAGAAUUACAGCUUCUAUCAUUGCAGAAUCAAAUAUUAAUGAUAAUAAUAUAGCUUCAGUUACAAGUUCUACUAAGGUCAGUGAAAACAUAAUAUUAGAUUCCAAUGAAAUAUUUCCUAAGACACCAGUUGAAACUGAUGGUGUACAGAUUAUCAAUAAUGUACAUAUAGCAGAAAAAGAUAUUACACAAAAGAAUGUUGAGAAAAGAAAACAACAUUCACUGUUCAAUGUGACUGAUUUAGAUGAUAUACUUUCAACUGUUACUGUAAAAGCAACAGGUGAAUUAAAAUCAUCAGAUUUGGAUGAAAAAUUAAAGUCUACAGUAAAAGCAAAUAAAACAUAUGAAAUAGCAAAAACCUCCAUCCCCACUGAAACUAUGUCAGUAAAUACUACAUCAUUUACUUCUAAAUCCAAAAUUUUCGAUUCUACUAAACAACAUGAACGUAAUUCAGGGAAUGAAUAUAUUUCUAAAUCUGAAAGGAAUAAUAGAUGGGCUAGAAGAGAACGAGAAGGACCAGAUGCUUUUAGGAAUCUUACAAAGGAAGAAUGGGAAGCAAAAUAUGGAAAACAAAUAAAAAGUUUAUCAUCACAUUCUUGUAAAACACAAAUAAGUAGAUAUAGCAACAAUACAAAUUUAAAAAAUACAAAAUAUAAUAGAACUUUAAAUUCAAGAAAAUAUCAAUCUUCGCAUUCAUUUAAAACGAAUAAAAGUUCUUUAAGUUAUAAAAUCGCAUUUUCCAAAAGGGUGUCUGAAGAGGAUAAUGUAGAAAAUGAUUGUAAUAUGAGUAGUUCAAGUCAAAGUGAGACAGAUGAUACUAGCACUAGUAGUGAUAAUAGAACACCAUCUGAUGUAACUAAGCUUCUUAAAGUAAUUAAAGAAAAGGAAAAGAUAGCUAAAAAUAAAUCAUUAAAUGAAACAAUAAGGGAUGAAGUAACAGCUGAGAUACAGCGUAAAUGGAAUGAAGAAGGUAGGAAACGAAAAUAUAAAAAAAAUAAAAGAAGAAAAGAAAAAAAAUUAAAAUAUAAGAAAGGAAGAAAGAAAAAGAAAAGGAAAAUAUUUGAAAGCAGUUCUAAUUCUGAUAAUGAUCAAAUUGAUAGAUCUAGCUUACUUACAGAAAUAGAAAUUAAAAAAGAAACAAAUGUUAAAGAAGAAUCCAAUGCUGCCUUAGAAAAAGGUAUUGAAUCUGAUAUACAGAUGGUGAGUAAUAUAUGUUCUAAAAAACAGGAGACUACCAAGACAUCAAUAGAUAAGGAAGUAAUUUUGGAAAAUAAAGACAAAUGUACAGUACAAGACAGUAAUAGAAUUACAUUAAUCCCUACUAUAGUACAACUAAAAACAAAAGCACAAUUAAAAUUAAUUCCAGAAGCAUCAAAGUGCACAGAAGAAACAGAAUUUAUGAAAAACACUGCUGAAAUAGUACUAAAUGUAAAAUGUCAUGAACAAAAUAAGAUGCCUAUAUUAAAUAAUGCAGAUAAACAAAAAAUAAUUGAAAACACAUCUGAAACAAAUGAAGGAUCAGAAUGUUUAAAUAAUAAAUUAAUAAAUAUUACAGAAACACAGCAUACUGUUCUUAAUAAUAAUGAUAAUACAAUUAAGAACUUAACUAAUACAUCUGCUAUGGAGGAACAUCAAAAAGAAAAAAUGUAUCAUUUAGGGAAAGAAGCAUUGUCAGUAACUACUGUUCAAGAAUCAAAUACAGAAAGAUUAAUGGAUAAUAAAACAACAUCUAAAAAGAUAGACAUAAAGGCAUACAAAGCACGUGCUUUACAACGAAAACUGGAAAAUGAAGAGAAAAUAAACGAGGAAAAAGCAGUAGUAAGUAAUAAACAUACAAUAAAUAAUGACAUAUUAAAUGAUAGUUUGUCAAAGUCUAUGAUAAAUGAAAAAGAAAAACGAGAUAAUUACAUUUUGCAGCAAACUACGUCUCAUGUAAAUUUGAAGGAUAAACAUUCUAUUACAACAACAGAUAAAAUAUCUUCAGAUUCUAGCAAAUUUAAAAAUAUUAAAUCAGAAGGAAGUAAGGAAUUAAAAUUAAAAAAGGAAAAAAUAGAAAAAAUAAAAAAGAAAAGUGAAAUAAAAACAAAAAUAAAAGAAGCAAAAGAAAUAUCAAGUUCUAAUCAGGGAAAAGUAAAUAAUACUUCUGAUAUUCUAAACUCAUUCGAAAAUGGAAUUGAUAAAAAUCAAAUAAAUGUUCAAGUUGAUAAACAUGAACAUGUACAAUCUAUUACUGAUCAUGUAUUAUUACCAGCAAAUACAAAGUCUUCAACAGAAAAAAUGUUUAUUAAAAAUGAAGAAAUUUCUGCUAAUGAUACUAUACUAUCAAAAAAUGAAUUGAAAAAAACAUCAAAUGAGAAAAAUGAAAAAAUUGUUAAUGAUAUAAAUAAUGCUGAAUCAUUAAUAGUAAUUAUAGAUAAAGAUAAAUGUAUAGAAACAUCAAAAACAAUAAAUAUUAAAACGAAAUCUAUUAAAACAAAAGCUAUAAGAACUUUAAGUAACAUCCAAACUAAAAGCACAAACAAAGAUCACAAUCCAUCUAUUGUCAAGUAUGAUCAAAAUAACUUAAAAUCUAAAAGAAGAGCCACAUCUACUUCUAAUGAAAUAUCUAUAGAACAAGAAAUGUACAACUUUUCAAUUACAGAGGAAUCUAACUCACAAAAAAAUAAAAGUGAGAAACAAUCCCAAGAAAACAUAAAACUUCGGGAAUUAUCACAAUAUAAUGAAAAUAUAGAAAAUUCAGGAAAAAAUGCAUUGCAAAAAAAUAAAUGCAUAGAAACUAAAAUUGCUGAAAAUGUCUCUGAUUGUGUAGGAUCUUCUACUGAUUUUCAAUCAAGUUUGAUCAAUGAAUGUCUUGUGCAAGAUGAAUCACAAAAGAAUACGAAAAUAUCAGUAGAUUGCACAAGUAUUACUAGUAUAAAUGUAAUUUCCCAGAAUGAACAAGAUAGAAAUUUGACAGGAGAUACUACAAUCAUAAAUCAGGCUGGUCAAAAGUUAUUAGAGAAUUCAGACAAUCUCAAAAUUGGAGAGAAUAUGAUAAAUUCUACAUUAAAUACGUAUGGUGAAAUGAUCGAUAAUCAAUAUUUAAUAAGAAAUAAAAUAAAUUCGCCUGAAAGUAUAAGUAGUCCAUUUAAAGGGUUUGUUGCAGACCCUGUUGAAUCUAGUAGCUGCCAACAUAUAUUAGAUUUAGAAGCAAAAUAUGUAGCUACUGUUAGCAAAGAUAACAUUAGACAUGAUGAAUAUAAACAAUCGCAAUCAUUUUGUAAUGAUAAAUUCGAUCGGCAUAAUUUAAAUAAUCAAGAUACUUCGGCGUAUGAUAAUAAUAUUAACAAUAAUUCUUUGAAUGCAAUUGAACAAUUAAAUAAAGAUGAAGGGACAUUAUUUUAUGAAAAAAAUUUCAAGAAGAAUGACAAUGCAACAGCUAUUCUAAACAAUAAUUUUAAUUUAUUAGACAAUAAAAAUAAAAAAAAAGAAAUGACCAGUAAAAAAUGUUUACAUAAAUAUACCAAAAAUUUUACAAAAAAUGAGAAAGAUACAAAUACACUUGAACAGUCUGAAUAUUCUGUUGAAAAUAACAAAUCUUUACAAUCAAUAAAUGUUGAAACAAAUACUCAAAAUGUAUCCAAUAAACAAGAUGAAAUAUUUGUUGGAUUAAAUGAAUGUGAAGAAAAUGCAGAAAUGGAAAAGUCAGAUAUUGAUACUGUAAAAGAUUCUUCAGUUAAGGAAAAACGAUCAUGCAAAAAAGACAUUUUAGAUUUUGUAUCUAUAUCUGAUAUAAAUAUGUCAGACACAAAUAAUACAAUAGCUUCUUCAUUCAGUGGCAUAUCAAACAAUACUUUGAACAAUAUAAUCAACACUGACACUGAUUCAUCUUUAGCUUCACUAAUUGAUAACAAUGCAAUUGAAAAUAACAAUGUAAAUAUGCCAAACCAGGAUAUAGCACAAUCUGUUACUAAUAUAGACUCAUGUGAAGAAGAAAGCACAAAUGAUAAUAAUUCAUGCUCAAAUAAUGAGGCUUAUACUAAUUUUAACUCUAAUUUACCUAUAUCUAUAUCUAGAGAGGGCUUUUGGAAAUCGCCUACAAAGGAAAUAACAAACAAAUUAGAAAUUCCAACGAAAUCUUCUUUGAAAGAAUCUAAAAAUAUUUUUGCAGUUAUGGACUCUGUUAAAGAAACUGUGAAAUUGAAAAAUCCUGAUACAACAGUACAUGCAUAUGAUGAUCAGAACAUAGAUCAUUUUGUAAUUGAUCAAAUAUCUGAGAAAGAAAAUAUUGAUAAUGUGAUUAUUAAUUCAGAGCAAAAUAAAUGUUCUCAAGAUAUGCAGGUUGCAUGUAUAUCUGAUGAUAAAGAUACAUAUGACUGCCCAGAUAUAAAUAUAUCUCAAACUGUUAUAAAUAAUACAAUACAUGAUGAAAUUUUGAUUCCAUCUAAUCAAACUACUUUUAUUAAAGAAUUAGUAAAUAAUAACAAAAAACAUAAUCCUACUGUUGAAUUAGAAAGAAUAAGAGAAACAAAUAAAUCAAUAAUAGAUACAAUACAAAACAAUGUAGACAAAAAUACAAUUGAUGAGGAUCUAGAUAUAACUGCUUGCAUAAAAACACAAAAGCAAAGUAAAAGAACAAGUAAUCUGCAAAUGAAACGUGAAAUAAAACAUAAAAGUAAUACUGUACAUGUUACAAACACAAAUAUAAAAGAAGAAAUAAUGGCUAGAAUGAUAGAAAUAGAUUUGGAAAUUCAUAAAUUGAUGACAGAAAAAAUGACCUUGUAUCAAAUGCUGGAAAGUGACUCUUUACUAUUAAAUAAACUUCCAUUGACUAGCAAUUUGGGAUCUGAAAUGAACAGAGAAAAAACAAUGUCAGUAAGACUUCAAACAUCACCUACUUUAAUAUCACAGACAAUGCAAAAUGCAGAGAUAAGCUCUGUAGAGCAUUCAGAUUGUAUAAUGAAAUCAAAUGCAAACAAUGCAUUAUUCGAAAUAAAUCAAGAUGAUAUAGAAUCAAGAAUUAUAAAUAUUGAUAGGAAUAAAGAAAAAUCUUUAUUGAGGGAAGAAAAUAUAAAUAUCACACAGAGUAUUUCAUCUCAUAGUCCUAAAGAUGGAUUAUUAUUAGAAUGCAGUGAAAGCUCGCAAUCGUUAUCAAUAUUUAAAGAUGAAGAUAAAAUACAAGAGGAUAAUAUAGUACUAUCUGAUAAUCAAUUUAAAGAAAAUCUGGAUACAUGCAAUUCUAUAAGAGAAUCCUCAAAAAAUGUAAUAAAAAGUACUUCAUUAGAGAAUAUAACUUAUUUUGAAAAAGAGAAACAUCUUUGUACAUCACCAAGUAGUGUCACAAAAUCAUGUGAUGAAAAUCAACAAGUAGAUGGUACAUUACACGAGAGAAAAAAGCAAAAAUCACAAUCCCUUGAAGCAUCUAAAGAUAACACUUCAAUACAAGCAUCUUUAAUAUAUUCUGAUGAUAGUACUUGGGGAUCUUUUGCACCAUCAUUUGAAGAUAUGGAAGAAAAGAAACAUAAUACUGGUCUUGCUCUUUUAGAGGAAACGUAUAAACGAGAAAUGGCUGAAACUCGAAAAUUAAAAGCAAAUGCACGUAAAAAGAAAAAAAGAGAACUGAAUAAAUUUUUGAAAAGUGUAAACUACUUGACACCUGAAGAAGAAGAAAUUCCCUUGAAUACAUUGUAUAUUAAAAAAUUGCAACAAAAACGAGAUCUACUUGAUUCAUUGGAUGACAAGAGAGAAAAUUCUACUAUUGAUAACUAUGAAAAUUCAUUUGAAUCUGCAAAAAUUUGGGAACAUGCAAUAGAGGUAAUAAAUGCUGUUGCAGAAGAUAGGGUGAAAGAUUUGUAUGUGGAAAAAAGUAAAGAGAAUGGGAAUGAAAAUUUGAUUACAUCAUCAAAUAAAAUAAGACAAAAUACAACUAUUUGUAAAACUGAAAUACUACUAAAUUCAAAUAAACCUUUACAGAACUUAAAUGAAACAGAACCUGCUUUCUCUUUGCUAAAUUAUGAUCAUGAGCAAAAUUCUAUUAAACAUUCAUCAAGUAUUACAGAUAAGAAUGUAAUUCAGCAAAAGUUGAAACAAACAGAAAAAGAAGGGAAUUCAAUUAAAGAUAUUGAUGUACAAUCUAUUGCAGUUUCUUAUAAUAAUCCAGAAGUAAAUUCUGCUAUAGUGGAUAUAUCAAAUCAUGAUAAUAUUAGUCAACAGAAAACUUCUUUGAUUGAUGAAACAUUUACUACUAAUCAUGUUUCUAGUGUAUCUGUUCUUACAGAAACUAAUCAAUUAAAUAUUUCAAAUGAAAAAUUGAAUAAAGAUCAAAAUAAUCAUACAUUACAAAAAAAUUUAAUACCAGAAAAUAUAAACAAUUUUAUAGAAGUGACAGAGAGGACUUUAAAAGGAUCUGAUAAGAAGGAAGAUAGUUUAAUAAAUCAGGAUACUACUGUUAAUAUUUCAAUAUCUGACAAACUUAAAUGUAACAACAAAACAGAAGAAAAUAUUAAACAAAACACUUGUUUGUUAGAAGAUGAAGGAAUAAAGAUACCAAAAAUCGUAUAUGAAGCAGAUGAAGUUAUUUCUAAUACAUCUCAAAUUAGUAAUAUUCAAGAUAAAAAAACAGUCAAAUGUAAAAUCAGUAAUAAAAUAAGAAGGAAUUCAAAAUCUACAGAGGAUAAUGUAAAAUAUAUAGAACAUGAUAAUACUAAUUUAAAUAGAGAAAGAGAUUCACCUAAAGUUCUAUGUAAUUCUAAAGAUAUAUCCCCAAUGCAUCAAGAACUUGAGAAUACAUUAUCUAAUGUGAAACGAAAUCGUAAUUGUCAGAAAUUACAAAGUAAUAAGGAUAAAAAAUAUACCAAUCCUAUAGAAAAUGAAUCAUCUAUCAAUUAUCAGUCAUUCAUAUUGAAGGAGAAUGUAAUUGAACGAUUUUCAUCUAAUGUUGAUUCUGAAAUAUUAACACCUAAAAUACGAGGUACUACGGUUAAAAGAAAAAUACAUAAUCGAUCAGAAAUGAUGAAUUGCAAAGUAAGAUUAGUUGAUGUAUUUAAAUCAAAUAUAUAUCAACAUACUCUAGAAAAAUUUCAUAUAGAUUCUGUUAAAUCUCAUAUAAUUAUCUGUAAAUCUACUUCAACAGAAGCUACAUCAUCUAAAACAAGAGAAGUAGAAAUAAAUAAAUCAAAAGAUAUAAAAAAAGUUAAAAAUAUAUCUGACAAUGUGCAAGAACAAACUUCGAAUUUGUGUCAGAAGCAAAUAACAAAAACACACAGUACUUUGGAUAAUAAAAAAGAACUAAAAUCUCAUCAUAAAGUAAAUCCACUACUUAAUGAUGAACAUUUAUCCUUGGAAUCCAAUAAUAAAGUUAUAUCAUUAACACCAGUAAAAACUGCUCCUUCAAUUAUGAAAAUGUUGCCACAAGAUGAAAAAGUAGACAUUGAAAUUGUAGAAGAAAGAAAAAAAGAUCAAUAUACCAUUGAUCCUCAUCAUGAUGAGGAAAUACCAUUAUCAGAUGUUAUUACAGAAGAUGAACAACCAUUAAAAAGACAAUAUACAGUUCAUAAAGGACCUAUAUUAGAUAUCCAGGUAUUUGGUGAUACAUUUCUAGCAGCUAGUGAAGAUGGUUCAAUAUAUAGAUACAGUCAAACAUCUAAUGGAAUAUUAAAUAUUUAUAAAGGUCACAGAUCAGCAGUUACGUGUUUGUAUAUCCACAAAUCCAGUGGUGUUGAUCAUCCAAGGAACUGGGUAUAUUCAGGUUCUUUGGAUGGAACUUUGCGUUGUUACAAUAUAAAGACUGGUAUACCAAUUAAUAAUGUUGCAAAUAUUGGAAGUCCUGUUCAGUGUAUGGAUCAAGCUUGGGGUAUAAUAUUUAUUGGUACUAAAUCAGGACACGUUUCUCGUUUUCAUAUAAAGUUUGGUAUUAUCAAAGGUGAUAGCAUACAAUUUUCUGAUAAAUCUGUACUUGCUCUAAAAGCAACAAAUGAAGGUCCACGAAGAGUUCUUAUUGUAGCAUCACGUAAUCAACCAAUAACAAUACGAGAUGCACAAAAUGGAUUGUUUCUUCGGACAAUUUGUGGACAAAAGAAUCAUACCGUUUACAGUUUGAUGCGAAAUAAUAACUUGAUUUAUUGUGGUACAAGUAGCACCUCGAUACUUGUUUUCGAUUUUACUAACGGAGAGCAAAGAGUCCAAUAUGAUGCAGGUGUAGGUAUCGUUUGCAUGCGCCUUUAUCAUAAACUUUUAUUUGCUGGCUGUUAUGAUGGGAAUAUUUAUAUUUUUGAUAUUCAGAAUCAUAAACUAAUUUGUAGUAUACCUGGACCAGGAAAUAUGUUAUUGAGUAUGGAAGUUGUUGACAAUAAGAUCAUAGCUGGUAGUAAAGACAAACGCCUGCAUACAUGGCAAAUACCGAAGCAAGUACAAGUGGUAUCUCGUGAAAUGACAACAACCGAGUUGUAUACAUAAAUCUAGUCUUAUAUUGAAGAUACGCAAAUACCUCCAAGAGUAUUGAUAGUAUUGGUCUAUAAUCUACUUCUUUGAAGCCUAUGUACAGAACUUAAUUAUAAGUUAAACCAUAUACACAUAUUAUGUGUAUAUUUAAAAUUAUAAAUUUAUGUUCGUAGAUAGAUAGUGUACACACUGAUUGCACAUACGUAUAUUUAUAAAUAAAUUUGUACAGAAAUUAAAUUAUAUACUAUAGAUAUAAUAUAAGAUUAGUCAAUUCAUAAGAAAUUAAACAAAUCUCUAUUCUUUAAAAGUAUUAAGAAAACAAGAAAUUCUUGUAUUUAAUUGAUAUAUAUUGAUAUACAAUGAUUACUGAUAUUGACAUAGCAGUAACUAACUAAAUUAUAGUAACUUAUAGUAAGUUAGUAUAAUAUGGAUGAUAUGGAAAAUAAACCUCAAGUGCCUUGUGCACAUUAGGAAAUUCUUGUUUUCUCAAAACAAGGCAAUUUUUGUUAUUUUAUUUUUUCUUAUGAAUACUUCUUAAAAAUUCCAAAAAUUAUGCUUUAUAUUUUCACACAUUAUGCACACACACACAAUAUAUAUAUCUGUAAUGCAUUACAUAUUUUCGUACGAAAAUCAUUUUAUUUGAUUUAGACUUCAUUUAAAGAUUAAAUAGCAUUUUAUAAAUAAUUUUGUUUUGAUUUAUAAUAUAUUUUGACUAUAUAAAUUCGAGAAAUUGCUAUCAUGUAAUUACUGCUAUAAUAAGUAACUUUGAUAUGUUAAUUAUUGUAACAUUAGAUUUGAUAUUAAUGUUCACAAAAAGCAAUUUUUAUCUCACUACAUAAUGUGUCUGUAACUAACAUUGCUAGAAAAAUGUGUUAAAAAAUUAUUUUCUGUUACGAGUAAUUAAAAAGCUUUUUAUUUUUUUUUUUGCAUUUGACGUUUUUCAAAUUAUGAGAAAAUUAUUUUGUAUGCCAAGCACUUCUCAUUUCGUUUUGUCUGGUUAAGUAAAUAAUUAAGUUUGAUUAAAUAAAUUUAGUCUAUUUAAUUUAAUUAAGAUAAUUUUAUUAUAAAUAUUGUAAGAAAACAAUAAUAUAUAAUAUGUUUCACUCAGUUCAACAAAUAGAAAUUGUACUAUUGUGCAUAUUUGUUCUAUAUAUUUCUAUAUAUUGUGAUAUUGGUUUUAUUACGUUUUAAAUAUGAACGUAUACAUAUUAUUUUAUUAUUUGUUAAAAUAUGACUGCGUAAAUUAUAAUGUGCCUAUGUAUUUUAUGUCGAUGCACUUCAUACACAAUAGAACAGAUUGUACUUAUAAAAUUAAUUUUCAAAUAUACAUUUUUUUAAUGUGCAUUACAAGAAAUAAUUACAUUAUGUACUAAGUGUAUAUGUUUACUAUGUAUUGAAUAUUCGUUGUACGAAAUAAUAAAGAAUUUUGUUUUAGUAAA